UUUAAAGAAAUCAAAGGAAAAAAUUAUCCCAUACUACGUUACUUUAUCUAUUUGUUUAAUUCUUGCUAAUUUCCUGACCAAUGACUUGUUAAGACCACUAAAAGCUUAAUAUUUUGCCAUUUUGGGUUUGGCCCAUUUUUUUUGCACGGGAGUGUGUGUGUGUGUAUAUAUAUAUAUAUAAUCCCAGAAUAUACAGAUGUAUUAAUCAAUGUAGUUUACAUUACAUUUACAUAUGCACAAACCUGUACAUGCAGUAAUGUAUUUUUUUUCUUUGUUUAACUUGAUUUUAUAGUAAAAAAAAAAAAAACCCUCCAUGGAUACGAAAGGUUCUUCUCUACAAGUUAAAAUAGAAAGUCAGUCUACCAUCCCUCAAGAUUCUUCACUUCAUCAGCAUGCGUCGGUGGACUCUAGAAAUGAGAAAUGUAGAGAGGAUAUCUUUGUUCCAGGCAGCUCCUACAGGAAACAUCUGAAUGAGCUUGGUCCGAUUGCACCUAUGGCCAUGAUGGUUGCAGAAAAGUUGUCAAAUGAACAAGCUGCUCCCCCUAGUGUACAAGCCCCCACCUACUAUAGCACCAACAGGGGCCAGAUUUAUGCCUUCAAGCCUGAGGGUGGAAUGCAGAUUGGCAGCAGCGAUCCGAGUUAUCAGAGUUUCACCAUAUCCACUUCAGAUGCCCCACAGCCUGGCCCUGCCUUUGUCCAGUGCCAUGCACUGUCUGGAGAUGGGACUCGAUAUUAUGCCCCUGCCAACAAAGUGGUAGUCAAAGCUGCUACUGGAGACGUGUCAGCAUAUCAGAUCUGUUCUCCCACCACCAGCCUGCCGAAGGGUGUAGCGAUGGCGAGCUCACCAGGCCCUCUGCACAGCUCUCAGCAGCUCGGUGAGGAGGCCUCACGCAAGAGGGAGCUCCGCCUCAUGAAGAACAGGGAAGCUGCACGGGAAUGCCGCCGGAAGAAGAAAGAGUAUGUCAAAUGUCUCGAGAAUCGUGUUGCCGUGCUUGAAAAUCAAAACAGGACGCUCAUCGAAGAACUCAAGGCCUUAAAAGACUUGUACUGUCGCAAAACUGAAUAAGAAAAAAAAACUGUUGGAGGUCACACAAUAGAGACUGUGCUCUUCACGGAUUACUGAAUGCAUCUGAGGAAAAGCACUUUUCACUCUGUUUAGUCACUGCUCGCAGCUGCAGAAAAAAGGCCACAGAUGCAUUGUUUAUGUAGUUUUAUAUCUUGACGACUGUGAAGAUUGUAUGUGAGUGUGUCAGGUGGUUGUCUUACAGAGCUGAUUUGCUGCACUGAACCAGUGAAUGCGGUAUUUUGCCUUUGUCACUUGUGCUUUUUUGCAGGCAGGCGGCUAAAGAGUGUCGCCGCAGAAAAAGGGAGUAUGUAAACUGCCUUGAGGCCCAUGUCUCCACGCUGGAGCUGCAGAACAAGAAGCUCAUGGAAGAGCUAAAGUAUCUGAAAGGAAUCUGUGCUGAGAAGUCAAGUUAGGUCUUAACAGUUACUGCCUCAUUGCUUUGCCUCUGCUUCUUCUUUUUUAUUCACUUGUUCUGCAUGUUUAAUCUCCUGUUUCAGUUUGUUUUUAUAGCUAUCUUUGGGACAAAAGAAAUAUACCAGCACAAAAAAACAUGCUAUCCUGGUUUUUUAACAAAAGAAAUUUGUUAUCUAUUAUUUUAUCAAUGUUUCACUUUGAAAUGCUUACAAUAUAUGUAAGGAUCGACUAUAUAUUAAAGAAGCUGUUGAUUGUUGUAUGUAUAUUUGAUUGUACCUACCUUAAAUAUAGAUUGAACUGAACAUCAACAUUGAACUAAAAUAUUGAAGUGAUUUUGGAUCUUUGUCUAUGUAGUGUAUUUUAAUCCUGAAUAAAUAUAUUUUUGACACUUAA